AACGGCAAAUGACUUUGAGGAACUGAUGCAGAAAAAGAGAGAAAGUGAAAAGAAAAUUAAGAACAAAAAAAAGAAGAGAAAAACCAAAGAAAAGCCAAAGAAAACAACAGACAGAACAGUGUGUUUUCUCGGUUGAGUGUAAGAAAAAAGAGAUUUUUUAUCACUGAUUAUUUUUCGUUGUUUAUUUCUUCUUCUUCUUUUCUAUCUAGAAGAAAACGAAGACGUAAACACCCAUUUUAUCGGAUUGAAAUUUGGGCUAUUUUGGGAAGUUGUUUGUACGUAAGUUGAAUGGAGCGGGACCCAGAAUCCGAUUCGCAACCCGAAUGGACAGCUCCGGGACCCGAAACGGGACUCGAAGAACCGGUUUGGCGGUUGGGAUUAGGAGAUGAGCCGGAAUCUUACCCGGAGAGACUCAAUGAAGCUGAUUGUAUUUACUAUUUGAGGACUGGGUUUUGUGGAUACGGCUCUAGGUGUCGGUUCAAUCAUCCCCGUGACCGCACAUCGGUUAUGGGGCCUGGAAGAGGUAAUGCAGGGGAGUAUCCAGAAAGAGUGGGCCAGUCGGUUUGUCAGUAUUAUAUGAGGAAGGGGACCUGCAAAUUCGGUUCUUCCUGUAAAUACCAUCACCCGAAGCAGGGAGGGGGUUUUAUUAACCCCAUACCACUAAAUUAUUUUGGAUAUCCACUACGUCCGGGUGAAAAGGAGUGUUCUUACUUUGUGAAGACGGGGCAGUGUAAAUUCGGUGCAACAUGUAAAUUCCAUCAUCUCGCACCACCCACUAUAGAGGUUCCUGCACCAUCUCCAGCUCCUCAAGUUGCACCUAUACCAACUCCAUUCCCCGCACCUAUAUUAUAUCCCACGGUGCAGUCACCAUCUGGUCCUUCCUCUCAACAGUAUGGAGUUGUAAUGGCGAGGCCUCCACUGAUGCCGGGCUCGUAUGUGCAGGGCCCUUACGGUCCUUUGCUGCUUUUACCAGGCAUGGUUUCUGUUGCGAGUUGGAAUCCCUAUACGCCACCUGUCAGUCCCGGUACUCGAGCCACUGCUGGAUCAAGCUCAAUUUUUGGAGUAACACCGUUAUCUCCUUCAGUCCCUGCCUAUACUCGAUCUUAUCAACCUGUACCACCUAGUGCUGGGCCUUCGAGUAGUAUACAGAAGGAACAGUCGUUUCCCGAGAUACCUGGCCAACCAGAAUGUCAGUAUUAUAUGAAAACAGGUGAUUGUAAAUAUGGAUCCUCCUGUAAAUAUCAUCAUCUGCCAGAAGUGCUUGCACUAAAAAUCGAUGUCGUCCUCAGCCCUCUUGGUCUUCCUCUUUGUCCAGUAAGAAUUCGUAAAACGCCAUAUAAAUUUGAUGCUUUAUACAAUACUGAGCUUUCAAAUUUUUAAUCAUGUUUAAUACUUUGCACCUGUCAGCGUGGAUAAG